UUUCUGAUAACUUAGAGAAGCGCGCCAUCUCUGGUUGUAAUGAUAAUGCUUUCUUGAACCUUCCUAGUUGUUUUUGAACCUAGAAUGGCAUCAAAUCGUCAUAGAGAGCAGUCAAUUUGAACUUCAUUUCCCAGGUGCCAUUGUGUGAUUUGACAGUACAAGUGAGCAAAAAGAGCCGUGGUGGAGGGUGCCAAAUUCUUAAAUCAUUUUCUUAUUAUCUUAACAUUUAAAUCACAAUAGCCACAGUCGUGUCUUUGUUAGUAAAACUGCUGAUCCUUAAUCUCCUGCCCCGCCACGCUUUAGACAGAUAUGAGCGGCAGCGGGCGGCCCAGGACAAGCUCGUUUGCUGACCCUCAAGGGGUUCCCGGCGCCGCUUCAUCAUCCGCUGGAUCAGCCGCUGUCGUGGGGAGUAAUACAGGAAAAUCCGGGGUCUCUCAGGCCUCGGGAGGCAGCUCAUCUAAUUUGAAGUUGGCCAGAGCUGGUGGGGAGGUGACGACAGUGGCCGCCACCCCUGGUCAGGGGCCAGAUCGUCCACAGGAAGUGUCCUACACAGACAUCAAGGUGAUCGGCAAUGGUUCUUUUGGUGUGGUAUAUCAAGCACGCCUCAUCGACAGCCAGGAGUUGGUGGCAAUCAAGAAGGUUCUUCAGGACAAACGGUUUAAGAAUCGAGAACUCCAGAUCAUGAGGAAGCUUGAUCACUGCAACAUAGUGAGACUACGGUAUUUUUUCUACUCCAGUGGUGAGAAGAAAGAUGAGGUGUAUCUGAACCUGGUGCUGGACUUUGUGCCAGAGACUGUAUACAGAGUGGCUCGGCAUUUCAACAAAGCCAAGACCAUCAUUCCCAUAAUUUAUGUGAAGGUGUAUAUGUACCAGCUGUUCCGCAGUCUUGCUUAUAUCCAUUCCCAGGGGGUGUGUCAUAGAGACAUUAAACCUCAGAACCUGCUGGUGGACCCAGACACAGCUGUUCUCAAGCUUUGUGACUUUGGCAGUGCAAAGCAGCUGGUAAGGGGGGAGCCCAACGUCUCCUACAUCUGCUCACGGUACUACCGCGCUCCUGAGCUCAUCUUUGGGGCAACUGACUAUAGCUCCAGCAUAGACAUCUGGUCAGCCGGCUGUGUGCUGGCCGAACUGCUGCUGGGACAGCCCAUUUUCCCUGGGGACAGCGGCGUAGACCAGCUAGUGGAAAUCAUCAAGGUGCUGGGCACCCCAACAAGGGAACAGAUUCGAGAAAUGAAUCCCAACUACACAGAGUUUAAAUUCCCACAAAUUAAAGCGCAUCCUUGGACAAAGGUGUUCAAGCCGCGGACACCUCCCGAAGCGAUAGCUCUGUGCUCUCGGCUGCUGGAGUACACACCGAUGACGCGUCUCUCUCCGCUUCAGGCAUGUGCCCACGCCUUCUUUGACGAGCUGCGCCUGCCGGGCACGCGCCUGCCCAGUGGCCGCGAGCUGCCCCAGCUCUUCAGUUUCACUGCAACUGAGCUGUCUAUUCAGCCUCAGCUAAACUCCACCCUUAUUCCACCCCAUGCCCGUGCACAGACCAUGCUGCCUUCUCACGAUGGCUCAGUACAGCCCAACUCAAUUCUGACCAACAGCACCUGAAGCACUGACUCAUUCUCUCUCUCUCUCUCUCACACUCACACUCACACUCACUCACACACACACACACACACACACACACACACACACACGGCAUCUGAGCCAACUCCUCAGUACACACUCAUGCACACUUACCUCAUACAUGGCUCUGCUUUCCUACUAGCCCUGAACUUACAAAACAGAAAAGUAAAUGCUCAUACACUCAUUUAGUUCUUCAGGAGUUUUCUGACAUUUCAGUGUUUCUUUAGUGACUGCCAGUUGUAUACUAUUUUAAUGGUAUUGGUCAGGGAGGCCUUCAACUACUACUGAUCCAGUUGUCUAAGCUACACACACAUACACACCAUUUUCCUGCUAAUAUUUGUUCUUGUUGAUGGUGAAAUCUUUCUUUUUGAAAAGAGUGUCCAGCUAUGUCUGUUUAUAAUGCCCAUAAUACAGAUUAUGGCCACUUUUAACAGUCACAUUGUUAACUGCAGGGCCUUAAAAUAAUGGGUUCAAGUGAUGGGAGGGGCAGGUCCUCUGUCUAAUCUUUUUAUUUUCUCUUUUUUAUGUUUUUCUUCCUUUUUUUAAAUGAAUUUUAAUUCGUUUGACUGCACAUUUACUAAGGAUGGAGACUGCAGGAUUUCCGCUUGCUUUAGUCAGCAAAAUGAUCCCACCCUCUCUCUGUACUUAUAAGAAACAGCCACGGUGAUCAUCUGGUUUUAAAGACAAUUAGAAUUAAAAAAAAAUUAAAUUAUACUUUUUAACUUUUUUAAAAAUGUAUAUCUUCUCUUAUAAGUUCUUUAAAACUAUACAUGUGUAUAGUUUUAUGGUCUGGAAUUGGAUGGCGUAUGACAUGCUUAUAAAGAGGGUGUGGUGAGUGUAGUGAAGUGUAUUUGAAGCUAAGUCUUAAUGGACAAACCUCUGAUUGGGGUCUGUUUUGAAUCCCACAUAUGUGGUAUAAGAGCAUUGCAAAUAACAUGGUCAAAUAAUGAGUGGAAACUCAUGUUGAGCUUUAUAUCUGUUUUAAGGGAGAAGUAUAGGUGGAAUAUGCAUGAUGCUUGGAUACUUCUUUUUUUUAAUGCACUGAUAUAAAAUAAACAUCAGUAUACCAGGCUAGUAUGAGCAGUAAGGUUUAUACAACAGUCUAGGACAAGGAAAAAAAACUUUAUAUAUAUUUUUUUUUACAUUAAGCUGCCUGUUUUUUUUUAUUUAUUUUUUUUUUUAUUAUUCUUUCAGUCCCAAUGGAUUUAUUAGAAAUGUGUGCCUGGUCCUCCUUUUAUGUAAGGCACAUGUCUCAACAUUUCUCUCAGACAUAAGGGACUGUUUAUAUCUGCCUGUGAGACUGAGUCACCGCAAUAGUAGAUUUCUAGACCAGACUGUGACAUCAUGUGUUUUUGCACAAAAAGCUUAAAUGCAGUCCGAUUUCAGUCAUCUGUAUCAUUGGUCGAUAAAGAUAGUGAGAAUGAGAUGUCUAACAUCUAGCUUCUUCUCAGACUCUAUUGCUGACUCUCUGUUCCUCAAUCUUCUGUCUCUGUAUAAGUGUGAUCUGUGAUGCUCUCAUGAAAACCUUCAAUUUUAUUUAGAUUUGGUUGUCACUUUCCCCCCUGUUGUGGACUGGGUAUGGCUUUGACAAAGUUGACUCCAUGCAUCCUUGUGUAAAUACGUUGGGUUGUCUCCUUCCUCAGGAUUCAUCGGCUAGCCUUCAUAACUUUUGUUUCUGAGAUGUGUUUUCUUGUUUUGGUGUUUUCUUUUUAAAUUUUAUUUGUUUUUAAUUUUUCCCAUCAUUGUGUGCAAUGUAAACCCUCUUUUAAAACGUACUGUACUUGGAUCUAUAUCCUUGGCACCUGGAAUCAACGCUCAAGCUCUAAUGGGGAAAGCAUUUGAAUAAUUUGAACAGCUGUAUUGUGUUAAGUAUGUGCCCAUUUUCACUAUAAGGUACAUGUGCAAAUGAAUUGUUUUCUGUGACCUAGUUUUUGUCUGGCCUAACUUUACAGAUGGACAUUUGAACAUGAGGACACUAUGACGUGCUCUUAAAUGCAUGGUCAAAUGGUGUGAAGGGAACAGCCUCUUUAACAGAUCCAGCUGCUUUAAGCAACAGAGGGAAAUUGUUGAUCUGGUCAGUUUUGAGCCAUGAUGGGGAUGCUUUGAUGACAGGACAGAUGUAUGUUGUUUUCUCUCACAUCUAUGAAACUGACCUCUAGCCUCCUCCAACGUAUGUAUGUUCAGCUCUUGUAUUCAUAAGUCUUUUUGCUGAUUAGAGCUCAAUGAUUGUGUGUAUCAAACUUUGGAGUAAAGAGACUGAUCCAGGAACAA